UUUCGAUGCUAUAUUAUUCAAAGAACCCUGUACAAUGUGUGCAAUGGCCCUCGUACACUGCCGUGUUAAAAGAAUAUUUUUUGGGGAAGAAAAUAAAAAGAAUGGUGCUUUAAUUACAAAAUGGAGAUUACAAGAAUCUAAAUCAUUAAAUCAUCAUUUUGAAGUUUUUCAAAUAAAAGAAAAAAUUUUUUGA